AUGAUCAUCACCGCUGUGACAUUCACGUGACUCCUCGGCAGAAUGACGGAAGUUGAGAGUAGUCUCUCAAAAAUGGCCUUCACUUCAGUUUUAUUUUUUAUAUUCUCAAUUUAUAGCUGUAGCGCUCAGGUGCCAUUGCUCAUUUGGACCAGUGAUGGGUACAGCUUGCCACAUCUGACCCAGCCACCAGCUGGUCAGACAUUGUCUAGUGGGCAGCUCACAUCUUAUCUGAAAUCUGCCUUGCCCGCUGCUCCACACAAUGUGUUGCUCUUCCUACAGGAUAAGCUAAGUAUAGAUGACUUCACUAUGUAUGGUGGGGUGUUUGGGAACAAGCAAGAUAGUGCCUUUUUGAACAUAGAGUCAGCACUUCAGGCAUCCUCCAAUCCCUUGGUGUUGUUGGCCCUGGACUGGUCUGCAUCAGACUCAGUGCUGAAACUCUUCCAGCGAGAGCUGGGUAUCCCAGCGGUCCACAUCGACCCAGGCACCCUGAAGGAAUUCAAGUUGAACCCCUCACAGCUUUCACUGCUGGCCAUCCAUCUCCCUUAUACUACUGGUGCUGAGUCAAAGGAAUUGCUCUUGAAAAAUGAUGAGAUUAUUGGAGAGGUCCUGGACAUGUUCAAAUCUCAUGAUGUGCCUUACACCGCUGUCUACACUGGCUUGAAGCCCUCUCGAAUCAUUCAGGAUACCCCAAUAGUGGCUGGAAGUUCUGUGGGUCGAUCGUUACUUCAGGCUCUGCCACAGCCGUCUGUGAAACCUCCAGUUACAUUCAGAAGCACAGAAGGACAACCUUGCAUCCUGCUCUGGGCUGACAACCUCAACAUUAGUUAUGCUCAGGGUCAGUGGGUUGAUUUGGGCCCAGAGAUCUUUAAUGGUUCUGCCACCUUGACUGGUUCAACUUGCAAUGAAACAAUUUCGAGACUCGUCCUGAAUUACCAAAAUGUUCUGACUUUUCAGUCAUUGCGGCUUAUCUUCUCUAUGCACAAGAUUUUCUUUCCUGUGUCCGCUCGGAACUGGACUGUCAUGGAACAGGUGGUGCUAGAGUAUGACGGGCAGACAGCGAUCUUUAAUGGCAGCGGUGGUAUCUAUGCUCCUGCAGAGUAUUCGUUUCACUGCCAGAGUGUGAGCAGCAGUGAAAGCCCCCUGCUGGUGCCUCGCACUCUUACUGACAACGCUACGCAGUGGAGACUGUCUUUCACUGAUUUUCAGAUCCAAGGAUUUAACGUUACAGGCGAACUCUUCUCAUAUGCAAGCGAUUGUGCAGGGUUCUUCACUCCGGGGAUUUGGAUGGGUCUGCUGACCUCUCUGCUCAUGGUUCUGAUUCUCACCUAUGGCCUGCACAUGAUCAUGCAGCUGCACACCAUGGACCGCUUUGAUGAUCCAAAAGGCCCAUCAAUUUCUGUGCCUCUGAAUGAGUAAUUUUAGUGGGAAAAAAAACUUCAUGUUAAUUUACAUGGUUUGUAUGGGUGUCAAAAAAUUCCAGCCCUCAAUGUUGUUGGUAAUCAAGAAUUUAUGGAUCUAGCGCAAUAUCUGAAUGUUUUUAAGAGAUUGUGCAUUCUAAGAUAAAUAAUGUUUUUCAAAUUCAUUUUUGUUUCUGACAGGAAGGGGUGAAAUAAUCAAAAUGUUCACUCCAUGUGAAUUAUCUCAAUACACAUACAGUGCAUGUUACUCUAUCUAGUGGCAAACUAGACUUGAGGUAAAUUACAUUUUUGAUGUAUUUUGCAUUAGACCAACUUGCAAUUCAUUUAUUGUUUUUAGGACUACUAUUAUUUAUCUUAUUUGUCUUUUAAAUCUGAUUGUUUAUUUCUUGUACUGUGCUAGAUUAAUAUUUUUUUGUAUUUGUAAAUUGAAGAUUUGCCAAUAUUUAAAUGCUAAAUGUACAGUUGAAGUCAGAAAUUUACAUACACAGCCAAAAACAUUUAAACUUUUUUAACAAGUACUGACAUUUAAUCGUAGAAUAGGUCUUAGGUCAGAUAGGAUCACUACUUUAUUUUAUGAAUGUGAGUCAGAAUAAUAGUAGAGAAUAAUAGUAGAGAGAAUGAUUUAUUUCAGCUUUUAUUUCUUUCAUCACAUUCCCAGUGGGUCAGAAGUUUAAAUACAAUUUGUUAGUAUUUGGUAGCAUUGCCUUUAAAUUUUUUAGCUUGGGUCAAACGUUUUGGGUAGCCUUCCACAAGCUUCUCACAAUAAGUUGCUGGAAUUUUGGCCCAUUCCUCCAGACAAGAACUAGUGUAACUGAGUCAGGAUUGUAGGCCUCUUUGCUCGCACAUGCUUUUUCAGUUCUGCCCACAAAUAUUUAGUCAGAUUGAGGUCAGGGCUUUGCGAUGGCCACUCCAAUACCUUGACUUUGCUGUUCUUCAGCCAUUUUGCCACAACUUUGGAGGUAUGCUUGGGGUCAUUGUCCAUUUGGAAGACCCAGUUGAGACCAAGCUUUAACUUCAUGGCUGAUAUCUUGAGAUGUUGCUUCAAUAUAUCCACAUAAUUUUCCUUCCUCAUGAUGCCAUCUAUUUUGUGAAGUGAACCAGUCCCUCCUGCAGCAAAGCACCCCCACAAUAUGAUGCUGCCACACCCAUGCUUCACGGUUGGGAUUGUGUUCUUCAGCUUGCAAGCUUACCCUUUUUCCUCCAACAUAUCAAUGGUCAUUUUGGCCAAAAAGUUCAAUUUUUGUUUCAAUAGACCAGAGGAAAUUUCUCCAAAAAGUAAGAUCUGUGUCCCCAUGUGCACUUGCAAACUGUAGUAUGGCUUUUUUUAUGGCAGUUUAGGAGCAGUGGUUCUUCUUUGCUGAGCAGCCUUUCAGAUUAUGUCGAUAUAGGACUCAUUUUACUGUGGAUAUAGAUACUUGUCUACCUGUUUCCUUCAGCAUCUUCACAAAGUCUUUUGCUGUUGUUCUGGGAUUGAUUUGCACUUCUCGCACCAAACUACGUUCAUCUCUAGGAGACAGAAUGUGCCUCCUUCCUUAUGAUGGCUGCGUGGUCCCAUGGCGUUUAUACUUGCGUACUAUUUUUAGUACAGAUGAACGUGGUACCUUAAGGCAUUUGGAAAUUGCUCCCAAUUGUCUAAAAACUUUGACAUAAUUUUCUGGAAGUUUCCAAGCUGCAUAAAGGCACAGUUAACUUAGUAUAUUUAAACUUCUGACCCACUGGAAUUGUGAAAAUCUGUCUGUAAACAAUUGUUGGAAAAAUUACUCGUCAUGCACAAAGAUGUCCUAAACGACUUGCUGAAACUAUAGUUUGCUAAAAUUACAUCUGGAUAGUGGUUAAAAAAUUAGUUUUAAUGACUUCAACCUAAGUGUAUGUAAACUAUUGUAGACUUCAAUUGUACUAGUCAAGUGCAUAGGGUUUAUGAGAGUUCUUUUUCCUAAUCUAAACAAUAAUUAUUCAUGAAAACUGUAAUUUGGAAAUGAAUACUAAAUCAUCACAAAUAAGAAUCUUGAAAUUAUACAUUCACUCUUAAAAUAACCUCUGAUAAAAGUUAUUUAUCAGCAUGUAUGUUUUCAUAAAGAACCUUUAAAAUCCACGGAACCUUCCCAUUGCACAAAAUGUUUUGUGGUGGAAAAAAGUUCUUUAAGGUUCUUACGGAACCAAAUAUGGUUCUGUUCAAGACAAUCACUGUAAAAAAAAAAAAAACUUUUUGUGUUAAUUAAUUACCCUUGAUUUUCUAUGACUUAAAAGCAAAUAAUAGAAAUAUCAGUGUUUAAUUUGAUACCACUCUUUGUUUUUCAUCAGUUAAUAUAAUGGGCUGUGACAAAGUGCCAAAAUUACUCAUGCAUUCAUGUGUUUUCAGUGGGCAGUUUGUUUAAUUAAUUUGUGAAACAUCCAAAAAUAGCUUUUUGUAAUGCCUAAAUAAUAAAAACAAACACUUUAUAAAAGUGAGAUAAGCCUGA